CGAGCGCUGGUUCUGUCGCGGUGAGCAUCAGCGGCGCUCCCCCGCGGCAGUCGGCUCCGGAGACAGGUAGAAAAAGCUUCUCGGCGACUCACCCGACGCUGGUCGCUGACGGGGCCCGUGUGGGACCGGUGCUGGGCCCGAAUUCGGCGGUGGAUAGCGGCCGUGGCGCAGAAUGGCAGAUGGAGCAAAUGAAGAGCCUUGAGACACCGUUUCCUCCUUCUGAGGCUGUCAAAGCCGAGGCCAACGGCCACGAUUUCCCGAACACAACGGCUGAAAAGUUAGAAGGUUCACCCCACCCUGAAGCUCCGGCACCCGCGGCUUCCGAAGGGUGGGCGGAGCAACCCCCGCAUGACGAGGAUCAGAAGGCCAUCGCCUGUCUUCUCCAAACGCCCCACACUCCUGAAGACAACAAGAUCGUCUACGAGGAUCACCACGUCGAGGAACAACAGGUCAUCCUGACCGAAACCGAGGUCAAGGAAAAAACUCCGCCUUCGCCGCCGACGGCCGAGCUGCACACCCUGGAGGUGGCCGGAGAACUGGAGGCCGGCAACCACCAACAACAGGCCUCCCCUGAGUACCACCAGUCGCAGCAACACCGCGGGCUCAAGGUCAUGCCCAACCUGCUGCCCUACGACGAACUCAAGUACCACCAGGAGGAAGCGGGUCGGGGUCAUUUUUUUGCAGAACUUCACCAGGCGCCGAGUCCGCACUCGGGGGCGAACAUGAUCAACAGCUGCAACACCUACGCCACCCUGGAGCCGGUGCACUUGCAGAACCACCCUCAGUACUCGACGUCGCCGCCCCACCAGUACCCGAGCGCCGGAUUUUUCCCCAGCUACCCCAAAAGUGAUUCCAUCUACGUCAAGAACAACCCCACCCUCGGUUCGGCGACCGCUGGAUCAAAAAUUUUGCACUAUGACUCGGCCCUGUCUUAUGAAGAUCCACAGUAUGGCAAUUUUAACAGGACUAUUGUUACCACUGAAUACUAUUACCCGUCGUCCAACAACCCUGGUGGGCUCAUCGAGUACUCGACCACCCCAACCACGGGAGUUUACUCGCACCACCAUCAGCCUCUGACGCUGCCCGUGGACACCACGGUGGAGCUGCGCUCACCCAGUGACCCCAUCGCAUACGGCACCCUUGGAACCCAACUUACCCCUCCCUCCUCGCACCCUCAGUCGUGGGCCCUUCAGGAAGACAUCUAUGAUGCGAAUGCGGAGGGGAACAAGGAGUGUGUCAACUGUGGCGCGAGUAACACACCCCUUUGGCGGAGGGAUGACACGGGCCACUACCUAUGUAAUGCGUGCGGGUUGUACACCAAAAUGAACGGGAUGAAUCGUCCGCCGGCAAGGCAGCAGCAAAAGAAAUCAGGGCAACCAUCCUCUGCGGGUCGACGCAGUGGAGUGACCUGCGCAAAUUGCCAAACGACGACGACCACCCUGUGGCGGCGCAACAACAAUGGCGAGCCAGUGUGCAACGCUUGCGGUCUCUACUAUAAACUGCACAGCGUCAACCGACCAUUGAGCAUGAAAAAGGACGGUAUCCAAACCCGAAAGCGCAAACCAAAGAGCCAGAGCAGUUGUUCCAACGGCACCAGCAGCCUCAAGUCAGACAGCCACCCCUAUUACCAGGGAAUGCAGGGAUCUAUGGAAGCGGCCAGCUCAAGUCGCGUCCUGAUGGCCGUCGACAUGCAGGACGCGCGGGAAAACGUCCACGGCCACAUCAACAUGUACAACGUGGUUCCCACAGGAGAGCUGGUGGACAUGCAGUCGUUGCAGGGGCUGCCGAGGUCACCGUCGCAAAACCUAACCGCACCAACCUCGCCCAUUCAACUACCUUCAAGUUCCAUUCUUAGCAGACAUAUAGCAAAUGUGCCCCCGUUGGAGCCCAUCCAGCAGCAGAUGCGCCCUUGCGACGAGCCCCAGCCGGGGACGGUGGUCGCCUCCUCCGAAGAGGACCACAUGAACGCCAUCAUGAGCGCGUUUUGCCAGCAAGGAGCCCGCAACUAAAGGAGACUUCAAUACAUGAUUAAUUCUUGCCACAACUCGGUUUUGCUCCACGAAAUCAUCACAUUUUAUUAAAAAUCAACAAAAUUACAAUUAUUCGAGUUGGAAAGAAGAUGCCUGAAACGUAGGCAAUUUGAAUUCAUCAAUGCUGAGCGGAACAGCAUAAAUGCCAGGCAAAUGCACAAAAGUUUGAAUCGGAGGAGAGCUUAUUAUAUAAAUCUUGAUCAUGACAUUUUAAGACAAAAUUAAACACAGAGAGCACGGCGCUUGAGUAUUACAUAAACCUAAUAAAUUUGAGAGACUUCUACAGGGCCAUCGUAAAGUUUAAGUAGUUUUCCUUAAAAAUUAAGACUAUGAAGAAGAAAUGUGUUUUUGUUGCGUAAUUUUAAAAGUAUUGGUGUGCGUUUGUGUUGCAUUAUAGACGUUAUUUUUUUACUGGUCUCGUCUGAUCAGAGCCAAAGAAAAGAAGUGGGCCUGAAACUUAAUUACGUAAAAGGCCACUGUCGUGUGUACAACUUAAUUACGAGUAGUCAUCUAGUGAAAGAACCGCAAAAGUCAUUCCACCUGUGGUGGCUCUGGUUGUUGAUUGUUCCAUUUUUAUUAUAACUCUUGCCAAAAAUGGUUUGCUAGUUGUUUAGUCUAAGCUUUACUUGACCAGCAGAGACGAAGUCAAAUCUUAAGUGGGCCCUAAAUGCCACAUAAAUCCUAAUUAUUUGAUGUUUUUUUUUUAUACACAAUGGAGAUAAUUGCACAGUGAUACAUAAAUUAAACCGGAAAUCAUACACACAUGUACGCAAUUUUUACAAAUAUAAAAUCAGACUUGAGAGAGAUGUAUAAUUAUUAUAAUAUAUAUCAUCGCAUAUAAAUAAAAUAAACUCUGCUUUCGCUC